AUGAAGCCACACAACGAGGAUCCAGUUAUUACCUUUUGUCCAAACAAUAUAACAGUAAACACUACAUUCCGCCUACCAACUGCUAUUGUGCCUUGGAAUGAACCAAUCGCUGAGGACAACUCCGGUAGAGUGAACUUUACUGUUGAUAUUGGACCAGCCAGUACAUUCCAAGUAGGUGAUACUUUAGUGACAUACACAGCGGAAGAUCCAUAUGGAAAUACUGACAUGUGUUCCUUUACAAUCACUGUUCAAGACAAUGAGGUACCAAUUAUUUACAAUUGUCCAAACGAUACAAAAGUAAAUACUACAUUCCGCCUACCCACUGCUAAUGUUUCUUGGACCGAACCGAUUGCUGAGGACAACUCUGGUAGAUUGAACCUUACAGUUGAUAUUGAACCUGCCAGUACAUUCCAAAUAGGUGAUACUUUAGUAACAUACACCGCGGAAGAUCCAUAUGGAAAUACUGCUAUGUGCUCAUUUACAAUCACUGUUGAAGACAAAGAGCCUCCUGUUCCAAUUUGUCCAUCACUAGUUAGUGGUGUAACAGAUCUUGGAAAACCAAAUGGCACUGUGAGCUACAACAUUAGCAUCAUGGAUAAUGUUCAAGUUCAUGAAAUGUUUAUCAACUACCAAGGCGCAAACCAAAAGACCUUAACCAUUAACCAGACGUACACUGUUGUUGAGACUACUGUUGUAUUACCAAUCGGUGAAACUGAAAUUGAACAUAUAUUCAUUGACAGUGCAUUUCCAGUAGGCAAUGAAGCCACGUGCUAUGUGAUAGUAGCGAUCGAAGACAAUGAGGAUCCAGUUAUUACCUUUUGUCCAAACAAUAUAACAGUAAACACUACAUUCCGCCUACCAACUGCUAUUGUGUCUUGGAAUGAACCAAUCGCUGAGGACAACUCCGGUAGAGUGAACUUUACUGUUGAUAUUGGACCAGCCAGUACAUUCCUAGUAGGUGAUACUUUAGUGACGUACACAGCGGAAGAUCCAUAUGGAAAUACUGACAUGUGUUCCUUUACAAUCACUGUUCAAGAUAAAGAACCUCCGGUUAUCAGUUGUCCUACAAAUGUCACUUCAAAUAACUACAUCAGUGAGAUAUUAAGUAUAAUAUAUGUGAAGGCAGAUGAAGCUCGUUCAUAUGCAACCGUCACCUGGGAUCCACCUAUUACUAGUGACAAUAGUAAUGACAAUGUUACGGUCGUAGCUGCACCAUACCAGUCAGGUGGUAUGAUACCAGUCACCACUUCGUUUAUUCAGAUUGUCUACACAGCAACGGAUGAUUACGAAAAUGCUGACACAUGUGAAUUUGCUAUCCAGGUCUUAGACAAAGAGCCUCCUGUUCCAAUUUGUCCAUCACAAGUUAGUGGUGUAACAGAUCUUGGAAAAGCAAAUGGCACUGUGAGCUACAACAUUAGCAUCAUGGAUAACGUUCAAGUUCAUGAAAUGCUUGCAUUUCCAGUAGGCAAUGAAGCCACGUGCUAUGUGAUAGUAGCGAUCGAAGACAAUGAGGAUCCAGUUAUUACCUUUUGUCCAAACAAUAUAACAGUAAACACUACAUUCCGCCUAGCAACUGCUAUUGUGUCUUGGAAUGAACCAAUCGCUGAGGACAACUCCGGUAGAGUGAACUUUACUGUUGAUAUUGGACCAGCCAGUACAUUCCAAGUAGAUAAAGAACCUCCGGUUAUCAGUUGUCCUACAAAUGUCACUUCAAAUAACUACAUCAGUGAGAUGUUAAGUAUAAUAUAUGUGAAGACAGAUGAAGGUCGUUCAUAUGCAACCGUCACCUUGGAUCCACCUAUUACUAGUGACAAUAGUAAUGACAAUGUUACGGUCGUAGCUGCACCAUACCAGUCAGGUGGCAUGAUACCAGUCACCACUUCGUUUAUUCAGAUUGUCUACACAGCAACGGAUGAUUACGAAAAUGCUGACACAUGUGAAUUUGCUAUCCAGGUCUUAGUGUCUUGGAAUGAACCAAUCGCUGGGGACAACUCCGGUAGAGUGAACUUUACUGUUGAUAUUGGACCAGCCAGUACAUUCCAAGUAGGUGAUACUUUAGUGACGUACACAGCGGAAGAUCCAUAUGGAAAUACUGACAUGUGUUCCUUUACAAUCACUGUUCAAGAUAAAGAACCUCCGGUUAUCAGUUGUCCUACAAAUGUCACUUCAAAUAACUACAUCAGUGAGAUGUUAAGUAUAAUAUAUGUGAAGACAGAUGAAGGUCGUUCAUAUGCAACCGUCACAUUGGAUCCACCUAUUACUAGUGACAAUAGUAAUGACAAUGUUACGGUCGUAGCUGCACCAUACCAGUCAGGUGGCAUGAUACCAGUCACCACUUCGUUUAUUCAGAUUGUCUACACAGCAACGGAUGAUUACGAAAAUGCUGACACAUGUGAAUUUGCUAUCCAGGUCUUAGACAAUGAGGAACCAAUUAUUUACAAUUGUCCAAACGAUACAAAAGUAAAUACUACAUUCCGCCUACCCACUGCUAAUGUUUCUUGGACCGAACCGAUCGCUGAGGACAACUCUGGUAGAUUGAACCUUACAGUUGAUAUUGAACCAGCCAGUACAUUCCAAUUAGGUGAUACUUUAGUAACAUACACCGUGGAAGAUCCAUAUGGAAAUACUGCUAUGUGCUCAUUUACAGUCACUGUUGAAGAUGAAGAAGAUCCAGUGAUUACAGGAUGUCCAGAUGACGUCGUCUUCAAUACUACAAACAUGUUACCAUAUACCAAUGCCACAUGGAUAGCUCCAACUGCUACAGAUAAUUCGGGUAACGUCACCUUGAGUUCUACAAACGAUCCCGGUACUGGUUUUAUGUGUAUAAGAGACAGACCAUAUACCAAUGCCACAUGGAUAGCUCCAACUGCUACAGAUAAUUCGGGUAACGUCACCUUGAGUUCUACAAACGAUCCCGGUACUGGUUUUGCAAGAAAAACCACCACAGUCGUGUAUAUUGCCACUGAUCCAUACGGCAACCAAGCCGAUUGCUCAUUCAAUGUUACUGUAACAGAUCCCGAGAUGCCUUGGUUCAUGAAUUGUCCUAUGGAUAUCGAUAUUUAUAUAAUCUCCGAUCUUACAUAUACUAACGUCACAUGGAAAGAACCAAUUGCCUUCGAUAACUCUGGCCAUGUAGAUGUGGCUCAAACAGCUUAUCCUGGUGAUGGUUUUGGAGUUGGUACUCAUACAGUUCUUUACACUGCAAUGGAUAAGGACGAAAAUUCAGCAAAUUGCUCUUUUACAAUCACAGUUUUGACAGCUGUCAACGUGUUCUCAAUUGGUUUGACCUUAACCGGGAUAAAUGGUAAUCUAGUAAGCUACACAAGCCACCUGGAAGACCCAACUUCAGAAAGGUUUCAGGAAACUGAAUCAUUCGUAUGCAGUGUCGUCCAACAUAGUUUGUCUUCCAUAAUUGGAUCAUCGGGUUGCAAAGUUUUGUCAUUUGCAGAUGGGAGCAUUAUUGCAAAUAUAGAAAUUGUCACUUCUGACCCUGACAUAACGGGUAUUGAGGUAGAAUCGGUAUUAAGAGAAAAUGCGAUGAGCGGUAAACUGGGUAAUGCUGGUGGCUUAGUACUUACAGUUUACCCUUCAACUAUAAAUUACUUUGAUAAUGAGCCACCAGUUGCCAUUUGUCCUACAAACGUCACUUCAAACAACUACAUCAGUGAGUUAUUAAAUGUAACAUAUGUGAAGACAGAUGAAAGUAGUCCAUAUGCAACUGUCACCUGGGAUCCACCUAUUACAAGUGAUAAUAGUAAUGCCAACGUGACUGUCGUAGUUACACCAUACCGUUCAGGGGAUAUGAUACCACUCACCACUUCUUUUAUUCAGAUUGUCUUCACAGCAACGGAUGUUUACGGAAACUCUGAUAGCUGUGAAUUAGCUAUCCAAGUCUUAGAUACAGAAAAACCAAACCUUAUUUGUCCUGACAACGUUGUUAGUGUUAGUGAUACUGAUAAAAGUGUUAGCUGGAAUGAGCCAGAACCACAGGAUAACUCUGGGUUGGCAGUUACUUUAACUGCAUCAGCUUCACCUGAUGAUGCCUGGGAAAUCGGUGAACGUACUGUUACUUACACUGCAACGGAUAUGUAUGGAAAUGUUGAUACUUGUUCCUUUCAAGUCACUGUCAUCGAUGCCUGUUUUGAUAAAGAAUGUCAGAAUGGUGGUAUUUGUCAUGCUAAUAACGGGCUGUCUGAAUGUAUCUGUCCAUCAUUUUAUGGUGGAGAAUACUGUGAAAAUGAACCAGAUUCCCCGUCAUUUUCAGUGUCUCUAGCUUCAAAUAAGGCUGAUCUUAACGCUCAAAUCAAUCUUACCUGUAACGUGUUCUAUUCAAACGAUUGGCAGUGGUAUAAAGAUGACGUUCCCCUAAUAUCUACAUUGAAUCUGUAUGUAUUAUCUGUUACUAUGACAAUUGAUAAUCAGGGUUAUUACACGUGUGGAGGGUUUGGAGCAGGACCUUAUAAUAAUACAGAGAAAAGUUCAGAGAGCGUUUCAUUAAUUGUUAAUGGCGUCUUAAUAUUUCCUGCGUCUAUGACAUUCAACUAUGAGUUUGAUGUUAAUCUUAAUGAUCCCUCAUCUACAACUUUCAAAGAGUUAUCUGCAAACAUUUCUGACUUUUUAACCAAGGAUCUCUCCUUAAAUGGUGAUGUCGCAAUACAAAUACGUGAUUUCUCUGUUGGAAGUGUUGUUGUUGGUGCCAAUUUUUACGUGUUGAACACGAACGAUUCUUACGUUGAUUUGUUAGCGACUUUAAAUGAGGAGGUAAUCAGAAUCGCAAAUGAUUCUAAUGGAAUAUUAAUUCCAAGCAGCAUAGUGAUAAGCAGCACAGAAACAUGUUAUAAAGAACGUUACGGAAAGUACCAGUUUCCAAGUGCAGGCGUUGGAGAUACUGUGGAUUCAAAAGAGACAUGUCCUUAUUUCACCGUUAAUUAUCUUCUGCCUGGCGCUAACCGAACUUGUAACGGCAAUGGGUUUAGUGCAGCUACAUGGAAUGAUCCUGUUGAGACGAACUGUGGAUCUAACGCUACUGCAGAAAAGUUGUUGAAACGUAUAACUGAGAUGAAUGUCACCGCGGAUAAUGUUGAAAUGGUGAGCAGUGAAGUAGAAGAGAUUACAAGUAAAACAGAAGAAAUUACUGUGGAAGCCUUGGAAUCUACUGCUGACAUAUUGAAUGAUAUUCUAAAUUUACAAUCUGACUCCCCUGAGGUCACUGGCUCUGUUGUUAGCAUAGUUAAUAACUUGUUUAGUGUUGACGAUGAAAUCCUCAUGAAGAGUCAAAUGGAAGAUAAAGCCCCUACAAAGAUUAUUGAAGCUCUUGAACAACAACUUACCCAGGUGGACCUGGGUGACAGUGGCAUGUAUAACGUAACCACUACCAAUCUUGCAGUACAGGCUCAGAAUAUUGAUGUUGAUAGUUUUAGUCAAGAGAACAAUACCUAUUUUAGUUUUAUAUCAGAAUCAAGUGAGAUUGGUGUAGGUAGCAUCGACCUAAUCGAAGAUAGUGAGACCAUACCCAAUGCCGCCACUGUUUCAAUUGCUCUGCCAGUCAGUAUAUCUGACGUCAUCAGAGACAAAAAUAUGAAAGAUUUCCGUGUUGUAGUGAUUGUCUACAAUGACAGUACAUUAUUUCAAUCAUCUCAGUUCGAUCCCUCUAGCCGCAGACCAAAUAGUCAAGUUAUUUCUCUCUCCGUACCUGAUUUAGGCCUAGAUCACUUUGAAUUGAAUGAGUCCAUCGUUACGACGUUCAUUCCCCUAGAAGUAGGUUUUUGUACAUAA